GAUUAACUGCCUGAAGAAGGAAAUUAAAAUGGACACAAAAAACAAGUCUCAAAUCCUAAACCUUCUUCUUAUAACGACUCUUCUCAUCAUUGCCCCGCUCUUAUCAUCAUCGUCAUUAAGGAUCUCUUGUCUCUACUUUGUGGUCAAUCUUCUCCUCAUUUAUCUUGGUGCUGAAGCUGGCCUCCUCUCCUUGCCCAAGGAAACUACACAUCAUGAAGACGAACAGAAUCAUUCCACCAAAAACCCACGACUCAUCAUCACUACUAGUUUGCAGCAGGUGGCGGAUAGUGUUCCUGACCAAAAGAGUGACCAAGAAACAAUCAUUGUUGAAGAGGUAAAGAAAGUAGUAGAUGAGAAAUGUGGUUCUGAAAAGCUAAAGUUUGUUGGGAGUAUUAUUAAUGGAGAUAAGAGUAGUUCAAGGAAAUGCUCAUCAUCAAUACCAAACUUGUUUUUCGUUGGUGGUUGCGGGGAUCAGGUGGCUGCUGAAGAAGGCGAUGAAGGUGGCUUUGUGGAAGAAGAAGACAAACAAGUAGGAGAGCUUAGUGGGCAAGAGUUAUUUCAUAAAGCUGAGACAUUCAUUAUGGAUUUCUACAAACAGUUGAAGAUGCAGAGGGAGGAGUCUUACUUGGAGUAGCUAGCUAGGCUUACUUCAAGCUACAUAUAUACACCUUUUUCAUGUCUCUACAAAUAAAAAGGGAGAACAGUAUUAUGAAUCAGAACCAGAUACACUCAAAUAGAACCAACAUUUUUUCACUUAAAAAAAGUUGAAGCUGUUUUUGUUCUUUUAAACGGAUUCAAGAAAUCAUUUUUUGAGAAUAAAAACAUAUUUGAUCUUGCAGGACUUGGUUUAUGUUAUAGUUCUGUUUUAGGUACUUUGUUUGCAGACUAUACGAAGUCACAAUCAAACAGAUCGGAUCUCAAACUUAACACAUGCAAUCAAAGCAAUAAGAAAAGUAAAAGACACACGAUAUGUUGACGCAGUUCGGAAGAAAACCUUCCUAAUCUGCGGGGUUUCAACAGAGGAAACUGACAUUCAUGUAAUUUCCAUGUGUAAAUUUGUGUUUUUAAUUAGUUUAGAGUGAGUGUUACUUCGGAAAUUACACACUUUUGGUGUAAUAGUUUAGUUUGUAAAAUAUUUGUAAUAUGUUUAGAUUAGGUUUAUUCUGAGCUCAAACAGGUCCAAGAACAUUUUGGGGACCAUUGGUGAACACCACAAGUGGAAGGAAAGUGCAAAAAUGCAAGACAAAAAGUGGAGAUUUCGUUUUUGGUCUGUACCCGGUCGGGUAUGACCUAUACCCGAUCGGGUACCCUUCUAAAAAAUCAAAUCGGAUCAACCCGGGAACCGAGCAACAUGCGGGAAAGAUUUUGGCCAUGUUCGAUUGUCAUACCCGAUCGGGUGACCGACAGACCCGAUCGGGUAUGACCCUAUUUUUCAGUUUCUGGGCAAUUUCCUAAGAUACCCGAUCGGGUAUCCUAUAUACCCGAUCGGGUAUCAGACCCUGCAGCUCCCAAAAGCCUAUAAAUACACCCCUUUCCUUCACAAUAAAAUCACCAAUUCACAUAUACUCUUUAGCUCAGUUUAGAUUAGUAAUUUCUUUAUAUUUUCUAUCAUGUUUAGUCUCCAAAUGAGGAGCUAAACUUUUCCAUCUUGGUUUUGCUACUUUGAAGCUUAAUGAAUUUGUAAGUUGUGAGUUAUUAUCUUUAAUCUUCUUCCUUGAAUAUUAA